UAAACUUCACGAUGUCAGGGGAGGUCUUUCAAGAGAUUUCUCAGGCUUAGAUCACAGUUAUUGGAUCAGAGUUUGAAAACAGACAAGUAAGAUGGACGUUUUGUCACCGCGGAUGAGAAAAUGUGGAGCCACGGAGCCGAGCCAAAGCAGCAGUCGCCUACCAUUCCUUCACCUGUCCAGUGGCCCAGUCUCUCACCAUGAACACCAGUAGGAACUGCACCGUGGUGGGGAAUGGUGAGGGUCUGGCUGCCCUGGAGUCAGUCUCCAUUGUGACCAUCACGCUCCUCGCCUGCCUGGGGAACCUCUUGAUUGUGGCCACGCUCUAUCGCAGGCCUUAUCUGCUCACACCCAGCAACAAGUUUGUGUUCAGCCUGACCCUGUCCAAUCUGCUGCUGUCAAUGCUGGUGCUGCCGUUCGUGGCCGUGAGCUCAGCAAAGAGAGAGUGGGUGUUUGGGGUGGUGUGGUGCAACUUCACUGCCCUGCUCUACCUGCUCAUCAGCUCUGCCAGCAUGCUCACCCUUGGAGCUAUCGCCAUUGACAGGUAUUACGCAGUGCUCUACCCAAUGAUCUACCCCAUGAAGAUCACAGGAAACCGGGCGGUCGUGGUCAUUGCCUAUGUGUGGUUACACUCUCUGGUGGGCUGUCUGCCUCCUCUGUUCGGCUGGUCCUCCUUCGAGUUUGACUGCUUCAAGUGGACCUGUGUUGCGUCUUGGCACAGAGAGCCGAGCUACACAGCCUUCUGGGUCGCGUGGUGCAUCCUUCCCCCCUUCUUCAUCAUGCUGGCCUGCUACGGUGUCAUUUUCCGCGUCGCCCGCAUGAAAGCUCGUAAAGUACACUGUGGAACCGUCGUCGUGGCUCAGGACGAUUCUAGUGGAGCUCAGAGGAACGGACGUAAGAACUCCAGCACCUCAACUUCCUCUAAUGGAAGCCGGCGGAGCCUUGUGUACGCAGGGAGCCAAUGCAAGGCCUUCGUCACCAUCUUAGUGGUGAUAGGCACCUUCCUCAUGACCUGGGGGCCGUAUGUUGGUGUGGUGUGUACUGAGGCUUUGUUGGGACAGGGGAGUGUUUCUGAGGGGCUGGAGACUCUGGUAGCAUGGCUUUCCUUCUGCAGUGCCGUGUGCCACCCGCUCAUCUAUGGUCUGUGGAAUAAAACGGUGAGGAAGGAGCUGUUGGGGAUGUGCUUUGGAGACCGCUACUACAGAGAGUCGUUUGCCACUCGACAAAGGACGUCCCGACUGUUCAGCAUCUCCAACAGAAUCACAGACUUGGGUAUGUCCCCACACCUGACUGCCAUGCUGGCGGGUGGAGGGCAUCUGUUAGCCCCUGGCAGCAGCACAGGAGAUACUGGCUUCAGUUUCACUCAGGACUCAUGUACAGAUGUGAUGCUGCUGGAUAACUUCUCCAUUGACGGCACCUCCCAAGCACAGCAGCACGGAAAUCCAUCAGGGAAGAGGAGGAGCUCAGUCACGUUUGAAGACCAGGUGGAGCAUUCCAAAGCUGAAAACACCAACACAUCCUCAGUCCAAGUCCACGCAGAGGUACACAAAUCUCUCGACUCUUUUGCCUCCUGCCUGGCGAAGGCUAUAGAGAGCGACGCUAAACUCACUCUGUUUGGGGACGGUCUGGCCCUGCCAGCGGGACUGUUCACGACCAGGGCAGCGCCGAGACCCAGAUACCUGGACGGUCAGAGACUGAGGCUGGAGAGUAUCGAUGAAGGGAUCGUCAAAGACGACAGAGAUGAAGAAGAGCAGGACGUGGAGGAGAAACCAGCCUGAGCACAGCCGGUCUGGUAAC